AUAAUUAAAUAAUUAAACUUUAAAAUAUUAGUUUUCAAGCCCUACAAUCACCAUGUAAACAAAUAAUGGAAUGAUACUUGUCUGAAGGGAUCUCUCGGGCAUCUCUCGGGCAUAUCUAGGGCAUAUCUAGGGCAUAUCUAGGGCAUAUCUAGGGAAUCUCUAGAGCUUCUCUAAAAAAUCAUUCUUGGGAUAUCUCGACCUUUUAAUAAAUUACCUUCACAUUGAUAAGACUGGCCUGAGAAGGUAAUUGGUAAAUAUAACAAGGAUAACCAUUUCAAACAUCCGCCAACAAUGUCAAACUAAAUUAAAAUUGAUAUUUAAAUGAAAUGUAAGCUUAACAUAGUCGCAACAUAUGUGUUUAUCUCAGAAUGAAAACACGCUAUCCCAAUAUAGCUCGUAAAGCGUUAAUAGCUUUGGGUCCCGAAAGAUAAGAUAGAGCAAACACUGCGAUUCCACGUGAUUAAUUUUAACUUGUUCCGCCUUAGCCCCAUCUGUUGGGACGUGUUUUUCAAUGGCUGGCUAUAGUUGUGGUUGACAGGAAUUCGUUUAAAAUAUCAAGGAACCUGAAAACAGAAGAAAAAAAAAUUCUUUGUUUAUACGACAAUAAACAUCGACGGACAAGGCGCAUUCUCGUUCAGUCAUGCCUUGUGGAAAGGUCAAGGUUGAUUGGAUCUUGACGGUCUUUGUUCUGGCCUGGACAUCGCAGUGUCACGGUAAAGUUACUUUGAAUGAUAGAUAAACAUAUGUUGAGUUUUUAAAUAGAGAUGAUACUUAGAAAACAAAAGAAACUGGACCUUUAGGGGGAACAUGAGAUCACUUAAAGAUGUGGGGAAAACAAUUUUCAAAAACACGUCCUCCUUUGACCUGAGGCUAGGGCAAAUAAUGCCGGAAUAAACAGAACAAUUUUGUAUGAUAUUACUUUAUUAUCUAAUUUUGAAAACAUAAUUGAACAAUAAUAAAUAAAUUCAUGACAUUAUUGAUGUAAAGUUGAUUCCAAAACAAGGCUGAGUUGUUUACUAUGGUUUACUUAUUGUGUCCUACAAUUUUCAGAAAAUUUUGUUAUGUGAAAAAUUGGACUUCAUUAUUGUAUUCAAGCGCAAUAAAUGUACACGAAACAUGAUUUCAAUGAGUCAAACUGCAAAUUGGAUUGUCUCAUCUCUUUCUCUCUCUCUAACUCACCCCCUCUCACUUGCUCUCUCUCUCCCCCUCACAGGAACACAUUUUCAAAUAUACACAAAUUCAGCUGCACACACAUCAACACACACACACAUCAACACACACACACACAUCAAAACAUACACACACAUCAACACACACACACAUCAACACACACACAUCAACACACACACACACACACAUCAACACACACACACACNCACACACACCCACCCACACACACACACCCACACACACACACACACACACACACACACACCCACACACACACACACACCCACACACACACACACACACACACCCACACACACACACACAUCAACACACACACACACACAUCAACACACACACACACACGUCAACACACAAACAUGACACAAAACAAUGUUCACACACACGGGCGAAAAAAAUAAUUAAUUUAAAUUUCAGUUGUGAUCAGAACCCAAUGAGGAUGAACCAGUGAACGGACCUAUUUAGCUUUGUGCAGUACAAAUAUUUUAUCUUUUAAUUCACUAUCUAAUUCACUAUCUAAUUGUUUAUCUAAUUUGCUAUCUAAUUCACUAUCUAAUUCAUUAUCCAAUUCAUUAUCUGAUUCAUUAUCAAAUUCACUAACUAAUAUACUAUCUAAUUGAGUAUCUAAUUGAGUAUCUAAUUCACUAUCUAAUUCACUAUCUAAUUCACUAUGUAAUUCACUAUCCCAUACACUAUCCAAUUCACUGUCCAAUUCACUGUCCAAUUCACUAUCCAAUUCACUAUCUAUUUCACUAUCUAAUUCACUAUCUAAUUCACUAUCUAAUUCUCUAUCCAAUUCAUUAUCCAAUUCACUAUCCAAUUCACUAUCCAAUUCACUAUCCAAUUCACUAUCCAAUUCACAUUCCAAUUCACUAUCCAAUUCACUAUCUAAUUCACUAUCUAAUUCACUAUCAAAUUCUCUAUCUAAUUCACUAUCUAACUCACUAUCUAAUUCACUAUCUAAUUCACUAUCUAAUUCACUAAUUCACUUAUUCACUAUCUAAUUCACUAUCUAAUUCACUAUCUAAUUCACUAUCUAAUUCACUAUCUAAUUCACUAUCUAAUUCACUAUCUAAUUCACAACCCUUUGCGCUACCUGAUUUGGAGCUCGGACGAGUGACCCAUCCCUCCCCCUUUUUCAGUUGUUCUUCCGUCGAGGAUCGACAAUGACCAUCAAGUCGUCCGGUGACUGAUGACCUGCGCGGGUGACUUUUGUUUAAAGUGAGGAAGAGUUGCGCAGCGUCAACCUCACUCUCUCGUCCGGGCCCACCAUCUCCAGUGGGAAGACUCUACGUCAAGACGACCAGGGCUGGGUACGGUUGCAGGAAUUGUCCUUGUAUGCGCCUUACGGGACUCCAAAUCCGGAUUUUAAUUCAGAGUUAGAUGAAUUGCCGACCAAGGUUAACGAGUCUCAUCCACCCGGGGUGAUGUUUUUUGCAUGACCGGCCUUUGGCUGGAAUUGAGGUUUGCACAGUUUAGACCAUUCGACCACCCAGUACGGCUCUAUGUACCGACAUGACCCUAUUAUGGUUUAAUUUUAGAGAUGUUAGCUUAGAAAUAAAGCUGACACAAAUCUUCAUGGCUUCAAUAAUACAAAAAAAACCUUCCAACAUAUUUUUUUGUAAUGUAUUUUUUAACAGGUAACUUCAUAACUAUCACGAUGACUGGUGUUUCCUACAAUUUAAAUUAAUUGUUAAGUUUUUCGGUUGUUUUGAGACUAUGGUGAAAGAUGCUAAAUACUAAAGCUGAUUUUUUGUGGUUAUAUUGCGCUCGGUGUACAUCAUCUCCCUUUGAUAAACAUUGUUGAAAAAUGACAUUUCAAGUUUUGCUAGAAAAACUAAACAACCCUAAAAACAAAGUUGUUGGUAGAAAUCGUUGAUAAAAUGUUGUAUCCAGCAAUGGGGGGGGGGGGGGGGGUUGGGUUGAAAAUUCAACAAAAACACGCAUACUGUAACUAACUCUGGCAGCAACAAGUGACAGUAUUAUCAAGUUGUAUGUGAAGACCUCAGCGGAAAAACCAGACAUGUCACAUUUUGAAGAUUUUGAGAAAAGUGGAUUUUAAAGUUUAAAAGCAUCCAAUAUUUUCACAUGUUAAAAUAAAAUUGUAUUUUGCCCUGUCUAUUGCCAUUUUACAAUCCUCCAUGAUAGUAGACAAGACGAUGGCAUUAGAAUAUAGCAUCACGAAUUUGUGGAUGAUAUAGAGACACAUCAUGAUAUAAAUCUCUAGAAAUUAGAGCAAAUGUGAUUGUCACAUCUUUUAAGAUAGUGUGUGAUGUACAAGGAAUCGUGGCAAGAUCCAAGGAUGAAAAUAAACAGACUGCCAUUUGUAUCGUCUACUUGCCUCCUCUGCGCAUGACAUAUAUUUUUUUAUUAACUUCCUGUUUAUCCUAACUUAAGAACAUGAAUCCAUUAUCCGAAACAAAUGAUUAUGUAAAUAUUUGAUCUGUGACAUAUAAAAAUCACGCACUUUAUAAGAAUCGCAACUAGUGCGCACCCUUCACCCCACCAAGGCUCGAAACCGCACAUUGUGUCACCUCCAUGAACUAUACCAAUAAGCCACACAUUGUGUCACCUCCAUGAACUAUACCAAUAAGCCGCACAUUGUGUCACCUCCAUGAACUAUACCAAUAAGCCGCACAUUGUGUCACCUCCAUGAACUAUACCAAUAAGCCGCACAUUGUGUCACCUCCAUGAACUAUACCAAUAAGCCGCACAUUGUGUCACCUCCAUGAACUAUACCAAUAAGCCGCACAUUGUGUCACCUCCAUGAACUAUACCAAUAAGCCGCACAUUGUGUCACCUCCAUGAACUCUACCAAUAAAUUCAUGACCCACCCGCUCUUACACAGCAGAUUUAUUUCAUCAACUAUUUCAAAGAGAAAGAAGAGAAAAAUAUUCACCAGCAAACACUCUUGCGAUAUUUCCUUUUCAAGAAUCUUUCAGCGCAGCUUUCGGGAUUUUCAUUUCGUGAAAUCAGUGGCAUCGUAUUUCUUUCAUCUCCCCCAUGAUAAGGGGUGAUUUUUUGUGCUUUGUGACAGGGGGUGGGGCUGAGAAUUUCAAAGAAAGUGUUGUCAACGGCAACGAGUCUAUGUGAUAAGUUUCAGCGCGAUAGGUUGACGGGCAGUGAGUUAAUUAGCCGUUUGAAGAAUUAGCAAGACUUAUGUAAAAGCGACGUUAAUAUAAAGGAAUAAAACAAACACACACACAAAAACACAAAUGUUACAUGUCAUAAAGGAAACCUGUGUGUAAAUCAUUGUGCAGGAUUCAAACACAACGUGACGUAUCUAACCCUGGAGAGUGGUCAGCCGUACGCACCUGGCUCACCGUACAGUGGAAGGGUCGUCAUUCAGCUGGACAAUGAGGGCGUGAAUGGUUCCAUCUGCGCAGCCAGCUGGACAGAUGCUGAUGCCGGCGUUGUGUGCACAAUGUUGGGCUUCGGGUAAUUCUUCUUUCAGUGAAAUGUUCUUUCAGUGAAAUGUUCUUUCAGUGAAAUGUUCUUUCAGUGAAAUGUUCUUUUAGUGAAAUGUUCUUUCUGUGAAAUGUUCUUUCAGUGAAAUGUUCUUUCAGUGAAAUGUUCUUUCAGUGAAAUGUUCUUUCAGUGAAAUGUUCUUUCAGUGAAAUGUUCUUUCAGUGAAAUGUUCUUUCAGUGAAAUGUUCUUUCAGUGAAAUGUUCUUUCAGUGAAAUGUUCUUUCAGUGAAAUGUUCUUUCAGUGAAAUGUUCUUUCAGUGAAAUGUUCUUUCAGUGAAAUGUUCUUUCAGUGAAAUGUUCUUUCUGUGAAAUGUUCUUUCAGUGAAAUGUUAUUUCAGUGAAAUGUUCUUUCAGUGAAAUGUUCUUUCAGUGAAAUGUUCUUUCAGUGGUCGCUUAUAUCCGUAACAGCCAUAUUUAUAAGUGGACUUUGUCUGUUCCAACCGAAGCCAGACCUAACAAAAAAAAGAAGAAUGUUCAAAGCUUAACCAAUCAAUUUCAAAUUUCUCUUGACAUUUUCGUUUCCAAGUAAAUGUGAUUUCAUUGUCAAAAUCUCAAGCUUUAAUUUGUUUUUAAAAAAUAAUCCUGGGAUGUAACUGAAAUACACUUUGAACUCGAAAAGUAAUUUUUAAACAUGACAUAAUACUUGCCAUAACGAAUCAAAUAAAACAAGGAAAGAUUAUUCACACUACAUAAAUAUGUAUCUCUUUUCAGGCAUUAAUUAUAACUUUUUUUGAUUAGUUGACGUGCACUUUUAAAUUAGCACUCUAAUUUAAAAUUUUUAAUUAAUUAAAGCAUAGUAUUAUAAUUUAUUAUACAUACAUGUAUCAUUUAUUAUUUUACAAAUGCAGUUCCAUUAAACAUACUUUAUUUUAGUCUUGUUUUCUAAAAAAAUAAUUAUUUCUAUUUGUAUUUUCUCUUUAGCACUGGGAAGGCUACUGGUCGGCCCAGCCCUUUCGCCGCUGGAAGUCGCAACUACCUGAUGGGUAAUUUGAACUGUACAGGAGUGGAGUCGUCACUAUCUCAGUGUCCUGGGGCGGACCAUGUGAUCUCGUGUGUGUAUGGGGUAAGGACAUGGAAGGGAUAGCUUUCAAGAGUAAUUUUUAAUUAAGGGAUGAACAGGAGAAGAUAAUUUGCUUGACCAACAUAAAUGAUGUCAUUUAUUUUUAAAUUAAAAACUGAACAACACUGACACAGGUUACCUAACUAUCUUCUUGAUGGCUGCCCAUCCUCUUGUUCGCUACCUAACUAUCUUCUUGAUGGCUGCCCAUCCUCUUGUUCGCUACCUAACUAUCUUCUUGAUGGCUAACCAUCUUUUUGGUGGUUACCUAACUUUCCUCUUGAUUGCUACCCAUCCUCUUAAUCGCUACCUAACUUUCUUCUUGAUGGCUACCCAUCUCUUUUGUGGCUACCUAACUUUCUUCUUGAUGGGUACCCAUCCUCUUGAUCGCUACUUAACUUUCUUCUCGAUGGCUACCUAUCUACUUGAUGGCUAUCUAUCGUCUUGAUAGUUACCUAACUAUUUACUUGAUGGCUACCCACCUUCUUGAUGGCAAACAAACUCGUCUUGGUGGCUAACUAUCUUCUUUAUUGCUACCUAACUAUCUACUUGAUGGUAACUAAGCGAUCUAAUAGAUGACUACCUGACUACCUUCUUGAUUGGCUACCCAUCUUUCUGAAUGCUACCUAACCACUUCUUGAUAGCUAUCUAAUUAUCUUCUUUAUAAAUAUAUUAUUUGAAUUGGGAUGCUUGUAAUUAGUUUUUGUAGUGUUGCGUUUGUUUUAAAUGUGGUAAAAAAAAAUUUUUUUUAAUUUUUUUUUUUGAUGAAGCGUGUUUUUGAAAUAAACUUUAUUAUUAUUAUUAUAAUUUGAGACGAUAUCGAUGUUACCUCAUGUUCGAAUGUCCGCAAUGAAAACCAUAUUAGCUGAUGUAAAAAAAAUAUUUAAAAAUCUAUUUUAAGGAUAUCUCUUUACAUUAGAAAUUUCUCCAAGUCAAACCCUCUUAUAUAUACUUAAAUGAGACAUGUCCAUUACCAAUGCUCGUCUCACAGGUUUUUGUACUCAGAAGUAACACGAUGUCUUUCAUAUGGGAAACCUAAAUCAUUUAACUCAGUGCUGGAAAUCGAUUUCGCAAUCUACUUUUCUUACACAAUCAUUGCAUAUCAUUGUCUAAACGUCUUACACAACCAUUACAUAUAAUUAUCUACGUGCCUUACACAGCCGUUAAAUAUUGUGUUCUUACACCACCAUUACAUAUUAUUGUCUUCAAUAGCAACCAUUACACAAAAUUGUCUACAAUCUUGUUUAAAGUCCAAGAAGCAUGCUUUAACUUUCAGCAAUAACUUAAGAUAUAAAACAUAUUCAUAUAAAUAUGAUUUUAUCAAGACCAUAAAGAUAUGAAGAAAUCUUCACGCGUGAUUUGUUUCUUGAUCUAAAAGGAUGAUGAGGUAGGUGUCACCUGUGAUGGCGGCCCAGGCAGUCCGGUGUUCGGGUCACCUGGCUUCACCUUCACGACUCAAACAACAGAGAGCACGUCAACGGUCCAGCCGACCCUCAUGUACUCCAUAUGUAGGUCAAGUGUAUGUCACAUGUAGUAUCAUCCUGUACUAUCAUCCUGUACUAUCAUCCUGUACUAUCAUCCUGUAAUAUCAUCCUAUAAUAUCAUCCCAUAAUAUCAUCCUAUCAUAUCAUCCUGUAAUAUCAUCCUGCAAUAUUAUCCCGUAAUAUCAUCCUUUACUAUCAUCCUGUAAUAUCAUCCUGCAAUAUCUUCCUUUACUAUCAAGUUGUAAUAUUAUCUUUUUGUAUCAUCUUGUAAUAUCCUCCUAUAAUAUCAUCCUAUAAUAUCAUCCUAUAAUAUCAUCCUGUAAUAUCAUCCUAUAAUAUCAUCCUGUAAUAUCAUCAUGUAAUAUUAUCCCGUAAUAUCAUCCUUUACUAUCAUCCUGUAAUAUCAUCCUGCAAUAUCUUCCUUUACUAUCAAGUUGUAAUAUUGUCUUUUUGUAUCAUCUUGUAAUAUCAUCCUAUAAUAUCAUCCUAUAAUAUCAUCCUGUAAUAUCAUCCUAUAAUAUCAUCCUGUAAUAUCAUCCUGCAAUAUCAUCCUUUACUAUCAUCCUGUACUAUUAUCUUUUUGUAUCAUCCUGUAGUUUCAUCCUGUACUAUCAUCCUGAAAAAUCAUCCCGAAACAUCAUCCUCUAGUAUCUUCAUGUACUGUCAUCCUCUGGUAUCAUCCUGUGAAGCUCUUAUCCAUAGCGAUGUCUCAUAUUUUGUCUAUAUUAAUAAUUUAAACCACUUCCCCAUAACCUCAUAAAUUAAAACAGCUGUAUCGUUUCGGUAGUCUUAAUCAGAUCAAGUUUAUAAAAUUAACUGAGUUUAUUCCUUGGACGUAAGACGUUUCGUUUGAGAGAGACACUUUUGAAUUUAAAUUCAGUUGCUUCAAAUCUUAAUCUAUCAAAAUAUAAUUUUUGAAAUAAAAUGAACAUGGGGGACACUCAGCCUUCGACAUUACAUUCAUUUGUCAUGUAUAAAUAACGGAAAUAAAUGUUGUUGUUUUUUUCUUGCAAUGUCUAAAUACUAAUAUAAGUAUGCCAUUCUUUGGCGAUGCAUAAAUAAAAUUAAUAAGUAUUACAUUCUUCAGCGAUGUAUAAAUAAAAGAAAUUAAUAUUAGAUUCUUUGGCGAUAAACAAAUAAAAGUAAUAAAAAUUACAUUAUUCGACGAUAUAUAAAUAAAAGUAAUAAGUGUUACAUUCUUCAACGACGCAGAAGUAAAAGUGUAAUUUAAAUUCCUUACUUUGGCGAUGUAUACAUAGAAGUAAUUUUUGAAGUAUAAAUAAAAGUAUUUGGUUAUGUAUAAACGAGAGAAUGUGCAUAAAAUAUUUUUUUUACAGAAUUAGUUUUCUGAAGAGAUGCGAAACGAAUACAUUAUAUUUAUUGCUGACCAUAUGAUUGGUUAACGUUCUUACCCAGGCGCUGGUGGAAGUGAGUUUAUACGUCUGCUCGGUAGAGAGGGAACCAAGAGCAUGGGGUAUGUGCAGGUGUAUGUAGAAGAGGAGGGUGGAUGGCAGUUCAUCUGUGACGACGCGUGGAGUCAGCACAAUGCCCAAGUUAUCUGUAGCGAGCUUUUCUGUCACCCCAAGAGGUAACUGUUUGUUUUGAUGGAAUCUAUUCAAUAAUCAAGUUUUUCUAAAAAUGCUACUGCUCUUGAACACAUUUCUUAUAAAAAUGCUACUUUUCUUGAAAAACAUUUCUUAUAAAAAUGCUACUAUUCUUGAACACAUUUCUUUUAAAAAUGCUACUGUUCUUGAAGACAUUUCUUUUAAAAAUGCUACUGUUCUUGAAGACAUUUCUUUUAAAAAUGCUACUGUUCUUGAACACAUUUUUUUUAAAAAUGCUACUGUUCUUGAACACAUUUCUUUUAAAAAUGCUACUGUUCUUGAACACAUCUCUUUUAAAAUUCUUGCUUUUGUUCUUUUAAACACAUAUCUUUUAGAAGCUUGUUUUCAAUAACAAGACAUUUCUUCUUCAAAGCUAUAAAUAGACAACGCAUUUCCUGUUUGAAGCUGCUAUUAUAGAACAUUAUUCUAAGGCAAUCGGGGAGAUUUCUUUUUGGAGCUUUUGUGCCAUACAAAAGGCUCUGCUGGCAUUCGUACGUCACAAUGUGACGAUGGUGUAGGAAGAAAUCCACAAGGCCUGGGAUUAUUCUUCAAGGAAGGUAAGCUGGUCCCUCCAAGCCCAUGAUAACCCAAGGAAACAUCAUUUGGAUCAUUGAGCAUGGCACCAAUGGCGUCGCAGGAGUUGUCGGAAACAUCAUUUGGAUCAUUGAGCAUGGCACCAAUGGCGUCGCAGGAGUGGUCGGAAUGUUUCAUUGUGCCAACGGUAUCCGCUUACAGGACUCCAUCUCUGGUUUUGAAUUCAGUGUUUCCUCUUAGAUGAGUUGCUAAUCCAAGGUUAAGGAGUCCCAUCUACCUGGGGUGCUGGUGAUGUUUUUGCCUGACUUGGCUUUGGUUGGAAUAGAACUGCCGACCAUAAACUUGAGAUUUGCUCAGUGUAGACCAGACAGAUUAGAUAUGUCAGAACAGACACAGAUGAAAACACUUUUUCAUAAGAUCGGACUUCGUUUAAAUGUAAAAGUAACAACACCAUAUGUUAAAAUACUUAUAGAACUAAUAAAGUACAACAAAAAUAAACCUAUCCAUUUAGAUGUAAACAUUUACACUUGACAACUAGAUAUUUUUCAUGAGAUCUGAUGUAGCCCUGACCAAGACUCACUGACGGCGUGUAGUAAACAAACAUUCAAUCGAUGCUGUGGUUUAAGAGAAAUAUUUAGAUAUUUUCAGAUAUUUUAAAUAAUCCAAAAAUGCUUUGAAACUUUAUUAUUAUUACGGGAGGGGGUGGUAGGUAGUUUCAUAAAUUUGAUUUCAUUUUUAUUAUUUUUUUCUACUAAGCACCAACAUUUGCGCCCGACCAGCCGCACAGACAAACUAUUUACCUGAAGUCUACGACCCUGUAUCCGUUUUAUCGUACGGGGUCCAGUGCAAUGGAACAGAGAUGUCCAUCUUUGACUGCCACAAACAGUUUGACACAUCGAAGACCUGCACAAAGGCGGAGCUGGCUGGAGUGCAGUGUGAGGAGAAUCCUCUGGAAACGGAACCAAGUAAAUUGAUAUCCUCAUCCAAAUGUCCGGCUAUGACUCCACCGCCCAUUUGUUAAAUCCGUUUAUGGGUCCGCCCUCUUCCCGUCCGAUCAAAUUUUUUGUAUGGAUGUAUGUUUGGCUGUCUGACUGUGUGACUGUCGGUCUGUCUUUUCAAUCAGUACCCAUAUCUGUCAUUUCAUUAAUCAUAAAUCCUUAAUGUAUACUUCAUUAAGAUAGUAUACGUCAUCAAGUUACCAUGAGUUACGAGAGACGAUAACAAUACGUAAUCUAUCUCGAGAAAUCCAAGAGACAGACUUUACCGGUAGAUAAAGCCGGAGAAUUUAAAGACAGCAGACGCUAGCAUUUAUUUUUACUAUUCGGGACGACAAGAGUGUGUUAUUCUUGAUAGAGCUGUGGUUACUUAUAUGGGUGAAUUCCUAUUCAUCGUUGUACAUUAUUUUUUGGCACAUUGUAAUUUUCAUCCACUUUUGUACCGGUACAUAAAACACAAUACUCUGUUAGAUUAUAUUUUAAUUAUAUUUCUUUUAUUUGUAAUGUAUUAGUAGCUUAUGAAAACUUAUUAAUUACAGUUAGCACUGUUUUGAGUAUAGGAUUCAUUUUCAAUUGUAUUUCCCAUAUGGGAUCGUCUUUUGUUAUGCAAUGUUAAGAAUGAGCCGAAAACUUAAAAUAAGAGAUAAAUUUCUCCCUAUAGACAACAGAGCGUAACAAUAUUAUAAUUCAUAAAUAUUUUAUAAGUCAUAAAGAUAUUAUGAGUCAUAAAGAUAUUAUGAGUCAUAAAGAUAUCGUAUGUCAUAUAAAUUUUAUAACUCAUAAAGAUAUCGUAAGUCAUAAGGAUGGUAUAAGUCAUAAUACAGUAUGAGUCAUAGAGAUAUUAUAAGUCAUAAAAAAUUAUAAGUCAUGAAGAUAUCAUGUGUCAUAAAGAUGUUAUGAGUCAUAAAGAUAUUUUAAGUCAUAAAGAUAAUAGGAGUUAUUUAAUCGCAAUCAUUAUUUGUUCUCAUUGUAGCACUUAUGCUUACACCCCCCCCCCCCGGGUUACACUUGAGCAAUUAAAGGAAUCAAACCGUUGGUGUAAUAUCUGAACUUAAACAAUCAAUUUAAACAACAAAUGUAUCAAUCAAUUGAAAAUAUCAUUUUACACAACAAAUUGAACAAUCAUUGAAAAUAUUAAUUUAAACAGCAAAUUUAUCAAUCAAUUCCAAAUAUCAAUUACAACAACACUUUGAACACAUCAAUGGAAAAUAUUAUUUAAACAAUCAAUUUAAACAACAAAUGUAUCAAUCAAUUGAAAAUAUCAUUUUAAAACAACAAAUUGAACAAUCAUUGAAAAUAUUAAUUUAAACAGCAAAUUUAUCAAUCAAUUGCGAAUAUCAAUUAAAACAAAACAUUGAAUUAAUCAAUGGAAAAUAUUAUUUUAACAAUCAAUUUAACCAAUGCAUUUGUUCUAAGCUCUGGAUGCCGUGUUGGACUGCACUGAUCCCAAGGGAGACUUGAAGAUUGUCUUCCCAGGCGAGGCAUUUCCUGAUCUCACGGAGGACAAAUUAAACGUUGUCUACAAGACCAGCGGCUCGCCCAGCUGUGACACCAGUGCCCUGACACAUCGGAAUGACGCGGAGCUCAGCCUGACCAUUCCUCACACCGAUUGCGGCACAAGGUGCACCGUAAGUAUUAACGAAUGAUUGCGGCACUUACAAUACCGUAGCAAUGAAUGAUUGUAGCAACCGCUGUACCAUAAAUAUAAACAAUUGGUUGGGGCACCGACGGUAUAAUAAGUGAAAGCGAAUUAUUUUUUCACCCAGUCUAUAAUACGUUUGAAGAAAUGAUUGUGAUAACCACUCUACCUUAAGUAUAAACGAUUGAUUGUGGCACCCACUCUAUUGAACGUAUAAAGGAAUGAUUGUGGCACCCAAUGUAUUUUAAGUAUAAACGAAUGAUUGUGCUGCCAGGACUACCUUAAGUAUAAAUGAAUGCUUGUGGCACAAGUUGUACCGUAGGUAUAAAUGAAUGAUUUUGCUACAAGACGUAUCAUAAGUAUCAACGAAUGAUUGUGACACAUGGUGUACAAAAUGUAUCCAUGAAUUAUUGUGGCACAAGGUGCACCGUAAGCAUCAACCAAUGAGUGUGGCACAUGGUGUACCGUAAGUAUCAACCAAUGAUUGUGGCACAUGGUGUACUGUAAGCAUCAACCAAUGAGUGUGGCCCAGCUCUACUUUAAGUGACCUCACCUGGACCUUGGUUGGACAGUUAAAUCCAUAAACUUAGAUACAAAGAACGUAUUAAAAUAUUUAUUUAUUUCAAAUCACGUAAUAUUUUAACAGUACCAUGUGUGCCAAGUCAGCAUAAAAUAAACUCUAACCCAAAUAAAAAUAAUUAACACAAAGUUCGGGGAAAGUAACCCAAACAAACUACACAAAGGGGAGUUAAGGAGCAGUUUACGGUUUAAUAAUUGUCAUUGAGUUGACGGAAUGCUUUUUGAAAAAUCUGUCCAAAUCCUCACCAGAUUGUCCAUAAUUUCAGAAUAAUGGCACACACCUCUGCUACGAGAAUGCUGUAGAGUACCACCACCAAGUCGCCUGGUUUGUCCUGACAGAGUCAAAGAGAAAAGAGUAAUACAUUUAUUCUUUAGAUAUGUAUUUUUUUCUUUAGAUCAGUCAUGUAGAUUAGUAUGUGCGGUUUUAAAUUAAUUUUUUUCAAAUAGAAUUCAAGUCUAAAAAAUAUAGCACUCAACUAUUUUUAAUUUAUUGUCAUUCCGACAUCAAUCACACUCAUGAAUUUUCUGAUGAAAACAAAUGAUCCAAACGUAAUUCAUUGUGAAACUCGCUGACCCGUACAUGGACGAUAUUCGUCCGCUAAAUACCAUCUGGUAGCAACCUUCGUUUAGAUCUCGCAAAAGAACACAAUUGUUCACAUUUCAUGGCUGAACACUAGAAUCAUUGCGGACUCAUGGUUUAAAUCAACAGGUUCACAAUACACUGUAGUAUCAUUAGGUUCACAAUACACUGUUGUAUCAUUAGGUCCACAAUACACUUUUGUAUCAUUAGGUCCACAAUACACUGUUACAGCAUUAGGUUCAAAAUACUCCGUUGUAUCAUGAGGUUCACAAUACACUGUUGUAUCACUAGGUCCAGAAUAAACUGUUCCAUCAUGAGGCUCAAAAUACUCUGUUGUAUCCUUAGGUCCACAAACAAUGUUGUAUCAUUAGGUCCACAAACUAUGUUGUAUCUUUAGGUCCACAAUACACUGUUGUAUCAUUAGGUUCAAAAUACUCUGUUGUAUCAUGAGGUUCACAAUACACUGUUGUAUCAUUAGGUCCACAAUACAAUUUUGUAUCAUGAGGUUCACAAUAAACUGUUGUAUCAUUAGGUUCAAAAUAAUCUGUUGUAACAUGAGGUUCACAAUACACUGUUGUAUCAUUAGGUCCACUAUACACUGUUGUGUCAUAAGGUUAAAAAUACUCUGUUGUAUCAUAAGGUUCACAAUACACUAUUGUAUCAUUAGGUCAACAAUACACUGUUGUAUCAUAAGAUUCACAAUUCAAGGUUUUAUCAACAGGUUCACCAUACAAUGUUGUAUUCCCAUGGAGUCGAACGUCAGCAUACAUUUUCUUCCUGAAACUCCCCUCGUCAAAAAUACACUAUCGCAAUCAUAUAACCAUCAGGUAACUUAGCACCUUUCAAUCCUAUGACCAUCAGGUAACUUAGCACCUUUCAAUCCUAUGACCAUCAGGUAACUUAGCACCUUUCAAUCCUAUGACCUUUAGGUAACCUAGCACUAUUCAAUCCUAUGACCAUCAGGUAACUUAGCACUUUUCAAUUCUAUUACCUUUAGGUAGCUUAGCACCUUUCAAUCCUAUGACCAUCAGGUAACCUAGCACUAUUCAAUCCUAUGAUCAUCAGGUACUUAGCACUAUUCAAUCCUGUUACCAUCAUGUCCAAAGCAUUGAUCAAAUUUAAGUCUCACCUUCAUUUGAUUGAGUUUAAUCCUUCUUUAUAAUCCACAAAUGUCCAAAGUCACUUGACAAUAUCAUUGAGACUUUCAUUCAUACAUUCAUACUUUCAUAGAUUGAUGUUGAAACAUUUAUAUACGCAAGUGGUCUAGAUACGCGUCUAGAUACGCAAGAGGCCUAGAUACGCAAGGGGUCUAGAUAUGCAAGGGGUCUAGAUACGCAAGUGGUAUAGAUGUGCAAGGGGUCUAGAUAUGCAAAGGAUCUAUUUACGCAAGUGGUCUAAAUAUGCAAACAGUCUAGAUACGCAAGUGGUCUAGAUAUGCAAGGGGUAUAGAUACGCAAGGGAUCUAGAUACGCUAGGGGUCGAGAUACGCAAUGGGUCUAGAUACGCAAGGGGUCGAGAUAGGCAAGGGGUCGAGAUACGCAAGGGGUCGAGAUACGCCAGGGUUCUAGAUACGCCAGUGGUCUAGAUACGCAAGGGGUCUAGAUACGCCAGGGGUCUAGAUACGCCAGGGGUCUAGAUAUGUCAGGGGUCUAGAUACGCAAGGGAUCUAAAGACGCACAGAGACAUGGGCAUUUUUGAUACAUUAAAAUGAAUUCAGUAUUUCAACAUCAUAACUAUUUUUAAAAUGUCGAUAUCAAAACCAGAAUCAGGUAAUAAUGCAUAGAAAUAGUGUUUGAUUAUUUCGAUAAUUUAAAUAAAAUCGUACUUCAAUUACAUACUAUAUUUAGACAUUCCAUUUUAAUUUUUAAUUCACAGCUUUCCUAUAAUUUUUUUUUUAAAUUGAUUAUUUCCCAAGCCUGAGAUUAACUUCUGUCCAGAUGAGACAUGCGCUACGCCAAUCUCAGCGAGCCCCUACACGGUGGCUGUCGGGGACUGGGUGUACGUCGGCAUCAACCUCAAGGCAGAGCUGGACGAUCUGUUCAAGGACCUGAGUCUUGAGAUGGCCAUCACCAACUGUACGCUUGAUUUUGUGGGAGCCCUAGGUCAAGUUGAAAGUAGCUCACUGAUAGAAAACAAGUAAGUAGAAAUGUCCAAUUGAAAAUAGUUCACUGAUAGAAAACAAGUAAGUAGAAAUGUCCAAUUGAAAAUAGUUCACUGAUAGAAAACAAGUAAGUAGAAAUGUCCAAUUGAAAAUAGUUCACUGAUAGAAAACAAGUAAGUAGAAAUGUCCAAUUGAAAAUAGUUCACUGAUAGAAAACAAGUAAGUAGAAAUGUCCAAUUGAAAAUAGUUCACUGAUAGAAAACAAGUAAGUAGAAAUGUCCAAUUGAAAAUAGUUCACUGAUAGAAAACAAGUAAGUAGAAAUGUCCAAUUGAAAAUAGUUCACUGAUAGAAAACAAGUAAGUAGAAAUGUCCAAUUGAAAAUAGUUCACUGAUAGAAAACAAGUAAGUAGAAAUGUCCAAUUGAAAAUAGUUCACUGAUAGAAAACAAGUAAGUAGAAAUGUCCAAUUUUACCCCCCCCCCCCCAACCACUUUUAACUUUAUUUUGACCCAGACUCUAAGAUCAGACAUGAUUGUUUUAGUUGCUGAAAGAGCUUCUUCUACUUGGAAAAAAAAAUCUUCUAAAUGUGUAAAUACUCUGACUUUUGGCAAAGUAAAAUCAAUAUCAACGUUAUGGCUGUCAACUCUAAACCUAUACGAAUCGGGUACAACUUUUAAAUGGAUAAUGAUUGCUGAUGUCUGAAAUCGAUUUCAAAACCAUAUUUAUUUAAAGCCAGUGGCUACGAAACAACGUUAAUCGAGGCAACUGUGCACAAAAAAAUAAAUAAAAUAAUAAUAAAAAUGCAUUUCUAUACCAACACUUGUAGGUACACUCGUCAUUAAUGUUUUUUGUGUUUUUUUUUUUUUUUUUUUUUUUUUUUUUUUUUUUUUUUUGUAAAUGACAAUGAAAAUCUUUUUCCGACAGUUUUCAACAACUUUGUUCAGUUUUAAAGAGAAAUUACUCUGUGCAAUUGAUUUAAUUUAAGCAGCUAAUGUUUUUUCUGGCCCGUUGACUUCUAGAUGCCCCAACGACACGGCCAGUGUCAGCACCUACGACAUCAGCUUGACCAGGGAGGCUUUUCGCUUCAAAGCCUUCCAACGGGACGGCUACACGAGCGCCUACGUCACUUGUCACGUACGCGUCUGCUCGGACCAAGAUUUGAAUUCAACGUGUGACAGGUAGGAAACAUUUGAAACAUCUUGAAGUUGAUUAAAGCAUCAAAUUGCGCCCUUGCUUAAAAAGAGUCGGAGAUCAGACCAGUAGGCUUAAAAAUAUUUAUCGAUUUAGAAGUUACUUGAUAUCGCCAGACAACCCUCGAAAAUGGGGUAUCGUAAUUUCGUUUUCAACAUCGCCAACUGCACUUUUUAAUUUACCGAGGGCAUCGUUGGCCGUUGGUUUGCCAUUUACAGUUGAAUUUUAGCAGAAUAAUAACGUUUGCAUUCGUUAGUUACUGAGAGCCGACAUCUUGCUUGUUCUACUGAGAAUUUAUUUAAAUAUUUUUCGAGGUUAAAGUUUGAGAAUUGAAGUUACGGAUUUGUACAUUUUACAAAACAAUCCCUUUUUUUUUAAUGCGAUCAAUCAUAUAAAAAAAACGCAAAUUACAUGUAUAAAUUCAUUUAUUAUAUAUAAAAAACUCACGAAUUUAGACCGUAGCCAUGCGUCAAAAACGAAAAUCAAUUAGGUCACAUUUAUUGGGUUAUGAAAUUUUUCACCUUGGUGACCAUGCUUGUCUGCAUAUUACCUAUUAUCGACAACACGCGGGGGUUAGUUAAUAAUUCAGUAUUUUGGUUAUACAGAAUAUAAUUAGUACAUUUAACUUACAUAAAGUAUUUUAAAUAAAUAAAAAAUGUUUGAUAACAUAAAUGACCAUUAUUGCUUUAUGAAAUAUCAGUGGUUUUAUAUUUGGGCUUGGUUGCUAUGGAAAUGGCUUGAUAAAUACUUGACUUUGACUUAUGCAUAGCAAACUAUUAUAAUAGUAAUAUGAUUUGCAACGUGGAGUAAACAGCUUUUAUAACAACUGAUAUAUGUAUUUUAGUUUAUAUAUAUUUUGUGGCUUAAUUUAGGAUUGCUGAUAAAUAACUAUGUUCCCGUAAACAUUAUAUUUUUGUAUCACUUUAGAAUAAAGUUGUAGGCGUACAUACGUAACCCAAAUAAGGGCUACAAAAUGUGGAGGAAAACCCUAUAGUGAAAAAGUGGUCGGAUGUAUUUAAUAAAAUAAUUUAAAACGUUUGAACGACUGGAGCUUGGAAGUUUAUCUUUGUGUUUUCGUAUCUAUGAAUUUGCAUUUUGAUAUUUUUUUUAAAAAUUGAAAUUUUUAUCAAAAUGCCUAAAAUUAGUUUUUGUCCAUAUUUUAAGACUAAAAAAACUGUAUGUAGGCAUUGAGAAAUAAAGAAACACAUGACCUACUCCUGGCAUCUGUUAACAAAAAGCUAAGUCUGCAAUGUCAACAACAACAAAAUUCAGUUUUUCAUUAGAGGACUUGAGCACAUGGUACCUGCCUUGACUAUGUGCACAUGGACAUAUACAUCCGAUUAAAUAAUCGAUAUGUUUACAUUGAAAUGUAUAUUCGAUUAAAUUAUUAGUACGUACGUACAUUGUAUCAAAUAAUUAAUGUAUACACAUAGACAUAUACAUUCGCCUUAAUGAUCAAUAUAUACACAAGAUUUGCGAUUUAGCAAUCAACUCUAGAUUGCACUGUGUAGACAAAACGAAGGGUGGGGUGCAGAUUGCACUGUGUAGACAAAACGAAGGGUGGGGUGCAGAUUGCACUGUGUAGACAAAACGAAGGGUGGGGUGCAGAUUGCACUGUGUAGACAAAACGAAGGGUGGGGUGCAGAUUGCACUGUGUAGACAAAACGAAGGGUGGGGUGCAGAUUGCACUGUGUAGACAAAACGAAGGGUGGGGUGCAGAUUGCACUGUGUAGACAAAACGAAGGGUGGGGUGCAGAUUGCACUGUGUAGACAAAACGAAGGGUGGGGUGCAGAUUGCACUGUGUAGACAAAACGAAGGGUGGGGUGCAGAUUGCACUGUGUAGACAAAACGAAGGGUGGGGUGCAGAUUGCACUGUGUAGACAAAACGAAGGGUGGGGUGCAGAUUGCACUGUGUAGACAAAACGAAGGGUGGGGUGCAGAUUGCACUGUGUAGACAAAACGAAGGGUGGGGUGCAGAUUGCACUGUGUAGACAAAACGAAGGGUGGGGUGCAGAUUGCACUGUGUAGACAAAACGAAGGGUGGGGUGCAGAUUGCACUGUGUAGACAAAACGAAGGGUGGGGUGCAGAUUGCACUGUGUAGACAAAACGAAGGGUGGGGUGCAGAUUGCACUGUGUAGACAAAACGAAGGGUGGGGUGCAGAUUGCACUGUGUAGACAAAACGAAGGGUGGGGUGCAGAUUGCACUGUGUAGACAAAACGAAGGGUGGGGUGCAGAUUGCACUGUGUAGACAAAACGAAGGGUGGGGUGCAGAUUGCACUGUGUAGACAAAACGAAGGGUGGGGUGCAGAUUGCGCUGUGUAGACAAAACGAAGGGUGGGGUGCAGAUUGCACUGUGUAGACAAAACGAAGGGUGGGGUGCAGAUUGCGCUGUGUAGACAAAACGAAGGGUGGGGUGCAGAUUGCACUGUGUAGACAAAACGAAGGGUGGGGUGCAGAUUGCGCUGUGUAGACAAAGCAAAGGGUGUUGUGCUUAAGAUGACCAUUGGCUACAUUUCUACAGAUCGUGUGAGAACCCAGCAGCUGCGCGCCACAGACGUGGGGUAGCGAAUGACGCCGGUGACCUGGUCAAGGUCGUCUCUAGCGCGCUGAUUGUUGUGGACGCAGCCUCCAAAGAUUCCCAGCGAGACGUCACGGACAGACGUCUUAAUCCACGUUUUUUCAAACCUUAAAACCCCCGUACACACCAGUCGUAGACGGACAUCGAUUUAGUACAUGGACUGUCUUAGUUUUACAGAUUUAUUUAAGGUCACCAGUUAAGAUUUUCAGUUCGAUCUUUUCAUAGCAAACUUAAUAACAUUUCAGUAGCAUUGUGUAUCUAAUAAGUUUGAUGAAUGCACAUUUUUUUAGAUCAAUUUGGAAGUUGUCAAAAAACGUUGAUAAAUAUUGGGAUGCUGGAAUAAAAAUAAUGAAUAUUGCUUGAAAAAAUUUCAUGAAACAGAAAAAUACUCGAAUUUUACGAAUAAUUAAGAAUUAUGAAGCAGUGUUCACUUAUCAUGUUUUAACGGACAAUCGACUUUCUUGGUACAAGGAAAUCGUCAAUUUGUGUCAGAAAAAAUAUUAAUUAUUUGUAACUUAAUAAAAGAUAAAUUUUGAGAAG